AAAGCAGCAGCUCAAAGCACAAACAAACAAGAAACAACACACACGUGCACAGGUGACCGGAUCACAGGAUCCCACAAAAAAAAAAGAGUUCGAGUUCCCGCAAUGGCGUCGUCGUCGCGAGCAAGCAGCAGCAGCAGCUUGGCGCUGGCCGUCGUCGUCCUCCUGGCCGCGCUCCUCCUCCUCCUGGCCGGCCCCGGCGCGGCACAGUCGUCGUCGGCGCCGGCGCCAUCGUCGUCGUCGUCGUCGUCGGGCAGCUGCUUGACGGAGAUAGUGAGCCUGUACCCGUGCCUGAGCUACAUGUCGAGCACGUCGUCGUCGUCCAAGCCCAGCGCGUCGUGCUGCUCCGCGCUGUCCGGCGUGGUGGCGUCCAGCCCGCGGUGCCUGUGCACGGUGCUCGGCGGCGGCGCCGCCUCGCUCGGCGUCACCGUCAACAGCACGCGCGCGCUCGAGCUCCCCGGCGCAUGCAGCGUCGAGACGCCGCCGCCCAGCGAGUGCAAGUCCGUCGGGGUACCCGUGCCGUCGUCGUCGUCGUCGCCGGCCACCACCACACCAUCCACAACGACUCCGGCGAGCCCAGCGGCGGCGUCUGUGCCAGCUGCUCCCGCUGCAGCUGGAACUGGCGGGAUGAAGGCGACGCAGCAGACCGCGGAAUCCUCCGGCGGGAGCACCACCGGCGGCAAGGCCACGUCGGUUUUCCCCGUCGCCGUCGUCGUGCUCUCGGUAGCAGUCGCGCUACUCCAUGCUUGAUUAAUUAUUUCUGGAUGUGCUUCUCGUCUGACGUACUCUUGUAUAUGGAUGUAUCCAUUGCAUCUUUGUUUUAAUUUGGUGUCUUUUAAUUGUUGCUGGAGUGUUUUUAUCCAGGUCAUGCGCUGUGUACAGAGAGUUGUGUAUUCAUAAUUAUUGUUUUGAUCAGUAACAGUAAUAAUCAGGUUUAUGCAUGUCUUGGUUUUUCUUU